UGGACACUGAUUGGUGGUUUUGAUUCAAUAUUGGCCAAUCGAAAUGCAGGAAUUUCCGCGCCACGUAUCCUGAGGGCCGUCGUGCGCACGCGCACGGUGGGCCCCCGAAAAGGCGGACUGGCGAGGUGAACCCAAAAUCUUUUGUUGUCAUUCGUUCCAAGAUGGCGGAAAAGCAGAAGUUGAAGGAACGGUACGAGUCUGGGGACCCGAGCCUGACCACCCCGGCCAAACCCACCACGGACCUGGCCGUGAUGGCGGCCUGUCCCGACACUGCCGACCUCUUCAAGGAGUAUGUGACCUUGGGGGUGGAGGCUGGGAUGGUCGACCUGGAGGAGAAGGAUGCAGUCGGGAUGACAGCUCUGCACUGGGCUGUCAUUUUUGAACGGUUGGACUCUGUCAGGUUGCUGAUACAGAAAGGAGCUGUUGUUGACCAAAAAGACAUGCUCGGCUUCACUCCUCUUUUCUACUGCACAGGGAGGAAGCCCAAUGUGGAGGUUGCCAGGGUGCUUAUAGAGGAAGGCCAUGCUGAUGUCAACGCCAGGACAAACACUCUUUCCACACCACUGCAUGGAGCUGCUCUACAAGGGAAUCAUGACUGCCUGAAGCUGCUACUGAAGCACGGUGCCGACCCAAACAUCCAUGAUGAGGAGGGCACCAGUUCGCUGGACCUGUGUAGGAACGACCCCACCACCAAGGCUCUGCUCUACAAGCACAGCACCCACAAGGAGUCAGCCAAGGAAAAGGCUGGUGCCUGUUGCUCCUGGUGCCACAUCCCUGGUUCCAGCCUGAAGAGAUGUGCUCGCUGCCACGUCAAGUUCUACUGUAGUAAGGAGUGUCAGGCUAAAGACUGGAAGGAAGGUGGCCACAAACACGAGUGUAAAGGGUAUGUUGUAGCUGUACCAAUGGAGCAGGCAGUGCAGGGCAUUAGUACUACUGCUAGUAUUGUCAGGACAGCCCAACGUCCAACCUUCUCCAUCCACCAAUACAGCAGUGAGAUAGGAGAAAAAUGGAACCUGAAACAUCUGCAGAACAAGCAGUUCAUUGUCAAGGUGCAGGUGCCCAUUGGAGGCGAUGCUCCGGGGGAGCCUAUCAUGGUCUACAAUGAGGACAAGACCACCCAUGGCAUGAUCCUGUCAUCACAGACAGGCUAUUCAGACAUCAGGAGGAAGGUGGCAAGUGAAGGAUGGUGGGGCUGUAAAGCCUUCUUCUGGGCAGAACUGUCUGACAAAGUGGAGGGAGGAGUCAAUGUCUUCCAUGGCAAGUGUGCCCCCUGGCAGCAGUGGUGAGAACUGCAGAUACAUGAGUCUUCUGUUCCAGUCUCCUUUUUGAUGAUGAGGAAAGAUUUAUCUUCAAUGGAAGCAACUUUUUGAUAUGAAUCAGCAUUCCAAAGUAACAUAUGACUGUUUCCUCACCUGUUUUGACUUGGCAAUACUGUAGGCUUCAACCUUUUGUUGCAUCAUUAAUUUUGUUUCAACUUGAGUUAUGUUUGACUAAGGAGCUACUACAUGUAUGUAUGAGUUGCAUAUUAUGGUAAAAGAUGCAAGACUAUGUCAAGUAGCAACCAAAAUUAUUAACCACAGUAUAUGUGAGAAUACUGGUAGUUCCAGUCAUGGCCAAAGAUUAAGAAUUUUUUUUGCUUUGUCUUACAAUAUAACGCUAGUUCACCUAUAUCCGUGGAGUAACCUAUCUCCGUUGUUUUGAAGCAGGUUGCGUAUGGAUAUCAAGUCGACGGACGAUGGUUUCAAGUUGCAAUAUUUUCAAAAUACAGCAGUUUAAAAACAUGGUCCGCCUACUUCAUAUCCCAAAUUACCCUGCUUUUAUAAACAACAGAUAUAGGUUACCCUGCGGAUGAAGGUUAAGUAGCGUUAGAUAAAUACCGGCAGUAAGUUACAAAAAGGAGUGACAAAGAGAAGAUUUUGUUAGUUUUGAUAUGAGAAGUUUGUAGGCUGAUUCCUCGGAGAAAUCCUGCCCAGAGAUGCAAAGUAUUUAUCAUGCAAAGUAUUUUUGAUACAGAUGUUAUGGAAGUCUAAAAGUUAAGACUUAUUUAUUCAUUUACAUAUAUUCUCUUAUUUGUUUUGUUUUUUUGCAUAAGACUUACUGGAAAAAAGGAAGAUAACAAAUAUAAUCAAGGUACAUUUGUACAGGUACACAUUUAGGAACACCUUUGUAGUAUAAGGUACAUGUACACAUUUAGGAACACCUUUGUAGUAUACAUUAGUUGUUACUUUUUUUAAUCUAUAAUUUGAUUUAAUUAGUUUAAUUUUAUGUAUUGAGAUUGCAAACAAUGCAAUCUAUAGUACAUUGAUAAAGUAAAAAAAGACAUGACUUUUUUUUGUAUCCUUAUUCAUUGUGGCCCAA